GUUUGCUUUAGUUAAUUUUAAAAUAGUCAUUGCUUAUUGAUGUACAGUCAGGUUUCUCAAGAGAAAUGACUUGGAAGAACAGAAUACGCUUCAACAUAUAUGACAAACUUCCCAUUCUUGUCUUAUUUUGAAAGCCCUUUGGUCUUUUUUGUGUAGUGUGAUAUUCAUAACUAAGGAAGCACAGUGUUUGUUUGGUCCAUGUUAGAUUUUAGGGCUGGGUUAUCUGUCUGGUGUCUAGUUAACUGAGAGGGUAUGAAAAGCUGUGCAGUAAGCAGUGUAACAGGAAACCUAGACCUCCCCCAACUGAAUUGUAUUCACUCUCGCUAUUCGUUCUGGAAGGGAAAGGCUGAGAGCUGAUGGGAGCUAUUUUCCUCUUUUUAAACACAAUUUAUCUAAGGAACUUUUGUGAAAGGCAGUAGCCUUUCAGAAUUUUACAAGCAAUCAACCACAACCUGUUAAUUUGAAAACUGGGUACACAGAAGACUGGGGUAUUUUCAGUUUGAUUUAAAUGUCAAGGAUCUGGGGGCUGGGUGUUACUUACUAAACCAGAUGACAUGGCAAAAUCUGCAGUGCUUCAAGUGGUUAUUGGAAUGCUUUUUCACUCCAGCUGUGUCUUAGGAUCUUCGCAGCCGAUGCCAAGAGUCUAUUUAACAUAUGAAGAACUACAAGCUACACAAACGUCCCAGCACCACAGCGUGUCUCAGUAUCCCAUGGACUAUAGGAUUCUGCAAAUGGACGAAGACCAAGAUCGUAUUUAUGUGGGCAGCAAAGACCACAUCCUGUCAUUGAAUAUUAAUAACAUUACCCAAGAGUCUCUGACUGUAUUUUGGCCAGCAUCGAGUAGCAAAAUCGAAGAAUGCAAAAUGGCUGGCAAAGAUCCGACGUACGGCUGUGGCAACUUUGUACGUGUUAUCCAACCAUACAAUCGCACCCAUCUGUUUAUCUGUGGCAGUGGAGCAUUCAGUCCUGUGUGCACUUACAUCAACAGAGGUCGAAGGUCAGAAGAAAAAGUAUUUUUUAUUGACUCUAAGACUGAAUCCGGAAAGGGACGCUGUUCUUUCAACCCUAAAGUUAAUACAGUUUCAGUCAUGAUCAAUGAAGAACUGUUUUCAGGAAUGUUCAUAGACUUCAUGGGUACUGAUGCUGCCAUUUUUAGAAGCCUUACCAAGAGAAAUGCAGUGAGGACAGACCAACAUAACUCAAAGUGGCUAAGCGAACCCAUUUUUAUUGAUGCGCAGCUUAUCCCGGAUGGAUCAGACCCCAAUGAUGCAAAACUCUACUUCUUCUUCAGAGAGAGACUGACAGACAACAAUGGAAAUACCAAGCACAUCCAUGCCAUGGUUGCUAGAAUAUGUCCAAAUGAUAUUGGUGGUCAGCGUAGCCUAGUGAACAAAUGGACAACCUUUUUAAAGGCAAGGCUGGUAUGUUCAGUCAUGGACGAUGAUGGCACAGAGACAUACUUUGAUGAGCUAGAGGAUAUAUUUUUAAUGGAAACGGAAAAACCUAAAAACCUCUUGGUUUAUGGAAUUUUCACAUCCUCGAGUUCAGUGUUCAAGGGCUCAGCUGUGUGUGUUUACAAUAUGGCUGACAUUCUGACUGUGUUUAAUGGACCAUUUGCCCACAAGGAUGGCCCUAACCACCAGUGGAUUCCAUUUCAAGAAAGAAUCCCUUACCCAAGACCUGGUACAUGUCCUGGAGGAGCUUUCACACCAAACAUAUUGACGACCAAGGACUUCCCAGAUGAUGUAGUUACCUUUAUUAGGAAUCACCCCAUGAUGUACAAUCCAAUCUAUCCCAUGUACAAAAGACCAAUUGUUUUGAGGACUCAUGCAGAUUACAAAUAUACAAAGAUAGCUGUGGACCAAGUAAAUGCUGCAGAUGGAAGAUACCACAUCUUGUUUCUUGGGACAGAUCGAGGAACUGUCCAAAAAGUAAUUGUCCUGCCGAGUAACAGAUCAAAAAAUGAGGCCCUUAUCUUGGAGGAGCUGGAAGUGUUUAAGAAUCAUGCUCCAGUAACCUCAAUGAAGAUUUCUUCCAAAAAGCAACAGCUUUAUGUAAGUUCAGAAGAAGGUAUUACUCAGGUAUCUUUGCACCGAUGUCAUAUCUACGGUGCAGCUUGUGCUGACUGUUGCUUGGCCAGAGACCCUUACUGUGCAUGGGAUGGCAGAUCUUGCUCCAGAUUCUACCCCACUGGAAAAAGGAGAAGCCGAAGACAGGAUAUAAGACAUGGCAACCCCUUGAAUCAAUGUAGGGGAUUUAAUCUCAAAGCAUACAGAAAUGCAGCAGAGAUGGAUCAGUAUGGAGUGAGGAACAAUACUGCUUUUCUGGAGUGCUCACCAAAGUCUCCACAAGCAACGGUUAAGUGGCUGAUACAGAGGCAAAAUGACAGGAGAAAAGAGGUGAAGUUAAAUGAGAGAAUCAUAUCAACAGAACAUGGGCUCCUUUUUAGAUCAGUCCAGGAUACAGACCAAGGCCUUUACUAUUGCCUGGCUACUGAGAAUAGUUUCAAACAAACUGUUGCCAAAAUAAACCUCAAGGUAUUAAGCAGUGAGCUGGUGUCCUCCCUGACUGACAAAAGGUCUCCGUGGUCCUGGGCCAGUUCUGUGAGUGGCAUGCAGCUCAACCCCAAGGACUUUAUGGGAAUGUUCAGCCAUACCGAGAUGCAGGCAAUCAACCACUACUGCAAGGAGAACAGUCAACGGGGGCAGCCUAGCAACCAGAAGCUGGGGGAGGACCUCACAAAACUCAAGCCUCUCAUUGAUGGCAGGAAAAGUAGAAACAGGAGGAACAAGUAGCCUGGGUCUUUCAUUGGGAAAUUUGGGUGUCAUAGUUGUGAGUCUGGGCAUAAGGAGACCAAUUUUGAAAGAAAAAUCUAGAAAUAAGCAUUAAAACUCAAGUAGUCUUAUGUGUCAUACAUUGUCCAGAUUACUGUAAAUUAAGAUCCAAAAAUGUACACGUAGACAGUUUGUUUGGCAAUUGAAAGAGGCAGUGUUUUUUUUUUUUUUUUUUUUUCCAUUACUGCAUCCAAUAUGUUUACCACAGAAAUCUGUCCAGUGCAUCUGGUGGAUGGCAGGGAAUGGGUUUCUUUUAACAGGGCCCUUACCUGCCCCAACAAAAUCUAGUUUUAAAAAUACAUGUACAUGGGGGGCAGAUUAUGUAAAAGAAACAGACAGGUUUAUUUAGCCAAAAGUGAGGCUGCAGCACAUAGAUUUCAAAUUUAAAAAACUGUUAGUGAAAUAAGAGGUAGCUAGAGUGAUUCCUCUUUGUGUGUCAGAAGUGGUGGUUGUAUUUUAGUUACAUUACAGUAUGUAUGUAUGUCUUGUAAAAUAAAAUAAACAACAAACUUUCAGCAGCAAAUGAACAACAUUUUCAGUGCUGCAUUUUAAUUGUUUACAUAUGUGCUGUAAUAUAUUUUUUUACAGCAUUUUAAGUAGGCAUUAUGCUGUCCUGUUUAAACAUAGUGGCAUUUGAGAAUGUGUUUGUUUUAUCAAUUUUAUUAAUAAAUACUCAGCAUGAUAACCUGAAAAUCCAUUCUACUUAUAAGAUACACAAUGACAAGCAUUUGUUUGAGGUGACACCUCAACUUUAAUGAUCUAAACAAAGCUGUCGCUUUCCUCUGUAUCAGUAUUUUAUUGUAUUCAGUGAUGUUAAUACCCCAGCAGGAUUAAUACAGAGUUAAAGAUGAUUGGUCUACUGCAGUUUAGAUCAUUAAAAUAGAUGUCACUUUUGGUCUGGUAUACACACAGAAAUGAUUGUACUGACAGAUAUACAGUAAUUUAUACAGGUGUAAAUACCAAGAUAUCACUUUGUUGUAAAUGCAUGUAACUUCAUUUUGGCUCUAUGAUGUACCUGAUCAUGUCAAUGUAUUGAGAAACCUGCACAAAAUAAGUGUAUUGAUUUAAUUUGCUCCAGUGGCUACUUUUUAAAAAUUGUGUUUUAGUACAAACAGUUGUAUUAGUGUACUGUACAUGUUGUUUGUAGAUUAUUUAAAGUAUUCCUGUUUUAAAGGUAAUGACUAUACUGUAUAUAAUUUCAGUACAUGUUAUUAUACGUUGCUAGACUUAACUGCCAAAAGGCAGUGAAAUACCAUUUUGAAAUUUGUCAAGAAAGUGCCUGUUUUAUUUUUCAUUAUUUUGUAGGUUAUAUGGUUUGCAUCCAGUGCUUAAUAGUUUAUCAGAUACAUGUGCUUGCAACUGAAGACUUGUUAAAAUGUAUUUAUGUUUGGAUUGUGUUUAUCAUGAUGAAACUGCCUUCACAGUGAAUCUUCAUAGUCAGUGUUGUCUUUUGCAAUUAUUUUGCAUCCUAGUAUUUUUAUUUAAAUGUUAAAUAUCAUUGCCAUAAGGAAUACAAUUGUUUUAAAAAGUAUCGGUGUUAUAUAUAUAUAUAUAUAUAUAUAU